UCUGCUCUCCUCCAUCCAUCUUGCAAGCGCAAGCUCCCCUCCCCCACCAAGCCACAGUACUCACUGCUCGCAGCUGCAAUGCCGCGCGACACGCUCCUGCUCGCCGUCGCCCUGGCGCUCGGCGUCCUCGCCGUCAGCCUCCACGCCCAGCCGUUCGACUACCCGUCGGCACGCCCGUCCACGUCCUGGGCCAACACGGACGCCUCCCUCACGCACCACGUCACCUUCAUGGACGGCUCCGUGGCGCGCGCCGCGCUGCUGCGCCUCAACCCCGCCGGCUUCGGCCCAUCCUACGCCUUCGGCUUCUUCUGCACCAACCACGGGACCGCCGCCGGCGCGGGGCCCUGCAACGACUUCCUCCUCGCCGUCGCCGUCGUCUACUGCAACAGCGGCGCGCUCAUGACCUCCGUCGUCGCCGGCAUACCGCAGGUCGUCUGGUCAGCCAACCGCGCCCGCCCCGUCGGGGAGGGCGCCACCGUCCAGUUCACGCCCGCGGGCGACCUGGUGCUCAAGGCGACUGAUGGCACGCUGGUGUGGUCCGCGGGCACCGCGGGGAAGUCCGUCGCCGGAAUCAGCAUCAACAGCGACGGCAACCUCGUCAUGGUCGACGGGACCAACCGGACGGUCUGGCAGUCGUUCGACCACCCCACCGACACGCUGCUCGUCGGCCAGUCCCUGCGCCAGGGCGCGCGCCUCACCGCCAACACCUCCGCCGUCAACUGGUCCGAGAGCCGCCUCUACCUCACCGUCGCCGACGACAGCUUGAGCGCAUACGUCGACGCCAAGCCGCCGCAGCGGUACUACCACCUCGGCUUCACCAAGGCCGCCGGCGCCUACGCCACGUACGCCAACGGCAGACUCACGGUGUUCGCCCCGCCCGCCGCGCCGCUGACCACCGUCCAGCUGCCCGCCGUCGGAGCCGGGACGGUGCAGUACAUGCGCCUCGAGUACGACGGCCACCUCCGGCUGUACGAGUGGCGGCCCGCGGGGUGGGCGCCGGUGUUCGACGUCCUGCGCCUCUUCCCGGACGACUGCGCGUUCCCGACGGUGUGCGGCGCCUACGGCGUGUGCACGGACAUGCAGUGCAGCUGCCCGGACGCGGCCAACUUCCGGCCGGUGGACUUCCGGAGGCCCAACCGCGGCUGCGUCCCGGCGGCGGCGCCGGCCUCGUGCGCGACCCCGCGGCGCGCGCAGCGGCUCGUGUCGCUGCCCGGCCUCGCCUACUUCAACGACCACGCCACCGGCUUGAGGACGCUGGAGAGGGUGAGCGAGGGCGCGUGCAAGAAGGCGUGCCUGGACGACUGCAAGUGCAUGGCGGCGCAGUUCAUCUACGGGGCCGACGCCGGCGACGGCUUCUGCUACCUGCAGCCGGAGGUGUUCUCGCUGGAGACGUCGCUGCCGGAGGUGGUGCACUACAACUCCACCAUGCACCUCAAGGUGCAGGCCACGCGUACGUCGGCCAGAAUGAUUUGAGCGCUGCAGGCGUCUUCGAAAAUGACAUCAGCUCAGAUUCAGUGGACUAGUACUUACUAUUGCCCUGGAUAAUUGUGUUCCAAUAAAGACUUGUGACAGCACUACAAUAAAGUCGUUUAAUUUUUUUGGAUAAGAGUAA